CCAAAAUCAGCAACGAGCAGCUCAAGCUGAAGCCAAAUAUGAGUCAACAAGCAAAAGUCUCUGAGGUGCUCUGCCUGCUCGUCCUGGCGGGAGGACUACGUCCUUGUGCUGCGGAAGUAUUUCAGCAAUGCAACAACGUGGACGCGGAUACAUUUGUUAUGGUCAUCGAGGAUUGCACAAGCUACAUCUACUGCAAUGGCGAGGACUCCUUCAGGGACAGCUGCCCAGACCAGACGUACUUCGAUGCCGAGGCGCAGGAGUGUGCCUUUGACGAUACGGGCAUUUGCUUGAAGGCGGUGGAGGCAACAACAGUUGCAGCACCAGCAGCAGCAACAGCAGCAGCUGUAGAUGAGACAACUAGUGACAACUCCGAUGGAGUGCAGACUGAUGCAGCAACCGAUGCGCCCACCGAUCCAGACUCGGAACAGCAGACGAAGCCAGCGGGCAAUAGGCCGCACUGUGACUCCACUGGCGAUGGCUACCACCCGCAUCCAGAGCGCUGCGAGUACUACUAUAGCUGCAUCGCUGGCUACCUGACCAUCGUGCGCUGUCCCUACAAGUACGGCUGGGAUUAUGCGCAGCAGCAGUGCAGGCCCCUGCCGGAGGCGCGAUGCUUCAGUUCAUAGAGCAUGUAGGAUCCAUAGACUUAAGAAUAGUAUUGAGCUAACCCAGAUUUACAAGGCAACUGUGCGAGCUGACAAUAAUAAAUAAGUAUUUCUGGCAUUCUAACGAAUUGAAUAAGUGCAGUCUGUGAAGGGGAUUCGGCCCAGCAGCACUGAGCGCCUCCAAUGCGCUUCCAUUU